UGAGUUGUCUGCUGAAUUCGUUUCGUAAUGACAGUUUUUAGGUAAAUUAGUGAGAAAAUCCGAGAUCAACAUAAUUCUUGUGAAUAUUUUAAAACAAUAUAUGUUUAUUUGUGAUCGACCUUCACUUCCGUUUUAGUAAUUUUCAUUUUUUUUUGGUGAUCACCGGCGUUUUCGAUAUGUACAAGGCUGUCAUUUUAAUAGGAGGCCCUCAGAAAGGGACAAGAUUUCGCCCGCUUUCAUUUGAUAUUCCAAAGCCUUUAUUUCCUGUUGCUGGCGUCCCAACUAUUCAACAUUUAAUUGAAGCAUGUUGUAAAGUUCCAAAUCUACGAGAAAUAUUACUCAUCGGAUUUUAUCAAGUAGAUGAAUCAAUUAACCAGUUUGUUUCUUCCAUGGUAAAGGAAUAUAACAUCAAUAUCGGGUAUCUUCAAGAAUAUACUGCUUUGGGAACUGCAGGAGGAAUUUACCAUUUCCGUGAUCAGAUUCAAAGUGGAGAUCCUGAAGCAUUUUUCUUGAUUAAUGGUGAUGUUUGUGGAGAUUUUCCACUAGUUGAGAUGACAGAAUUUCAUAAAGAGAAUGAGGGGUGGAUAACUGUCUUAGGCACAGAAGCAACUCGGCAACAAGCACAGCAGUAUGGGUGUAUAGUUGAAGAUAAAAAUACACACAAGAUUGUACAUUAUGUUGAAAAGCCAUCUACUUUUGUGAGUCAAAUCAUUAAUUGUGGUGUUUAUUUAUGUUCACUGGACAUAUUUACUUUCUUAGCUACUGUUUUCAAACGGAAACAACAAGACUUUUAUAAUGGUUAUGAACAGUCUAUUGAUAUAACAGGAUGUGCAAAGGACUGCAUCAGUUUAGAGCAAGACAUUGUUACGCCACUGGCAAGUAAAGGCAAAGUGUAUGCCUUCCAUAGUACAAGAUGGUGGAGUCAAAUAAAAACUGCUGCGUCUGCCAUUUAUGCAAAUAGGCAUUAUUUGGAUCUGUAUUUGAAAACCCAUCCAAACUGGUUGGCUAAAAAUGUUCCUGAUGGUCCUUUCAUCAUUGGUAAUGUUUUCAUUCACCCAUCUGCUAAAGUUCAUAAUACGGCGCAUUUGGGUCCGAAUGUCAGCAUUGGGAAAAAUGUUGUUAUUGGUGCUGGUGUUAGAAUUAAGGAAUCGAUUAUUCUUGGUAAUGCAACUAUACAUGAUCAUACACUUGUGCUACAUUGCAUAGUAGGAUGGAACAGUACAAUUGGAGCUUGGGCGAGAAUAGAAGGAACACCAUCUGAUCCUAACCCAAAUAAACCCUUUGCUAAAAUGGAAAAUGUUCCUCUCUUCAAUAAUACUGGACAUCUAAAUCCUUCAAUAACUGUUCUUGGUAGUAAUGUACAAGUUCCUCCUGAAGUCAUUAUUCUUAAUUCCAUUGUUCUCCCACACAAAGAAUUAACACAGAGCUACAAAAACGAAAUAAUAUUAUAGUUUCUUGUAAAUUUUGACGAUGUAUUGUGAUUUUAUACAAAAGGUGCUUUUUUUUAAAUAACAUGUUAUUGAUUUAUAUGGUACAAAUUUAUAUUCACCCGUAUGACAUAUUUUAAGUAUUCACCGAGUCAUUGCUUGGAAUUUGCGUUUGGGAGUUAAUUUUUGUAAAACAUUUUAAAAUUAUGACGAUUUUAUAAUGGAAGUUUUAAAAUACAAAUGAGCUAUAUUGGCGAUUUUACAUUUCAGAAGAAUCGCUAUGAGUUUAGAGUUUAUAAGUUCAAUUUGUCAUAUUUGUUUUGAAAUAAUAAGCAAACCUUUUUCCCCCUUUUUGUAGGUUGUAAUGUACAAGUUCCUCCUGAAGUCAUUGUUCUUAAUACCAUUGUUCUCCCACACAAAGAUUUAUCACAGAGCUACAAAAACGAAAUAAUAUUAUAGUUUCUUGAAACUUUUGACGAUGUAUUGUAAUUUUAUACAAAAGGUGCUUUUUUUUAAAUAUCAUGUUAUUGACUUAUAAAGGUACAAAUUUAUAAGCUCCCAUAUGACAUUUUUUGAGUAUUGUAUUGAUAACUUUGUGGAACAAAAAUUCCUGUUUGUUUAAUAUACAGUCUGGUCAUAUUUAAUCUUAUAAAAUAAUUUUACUGAAUUUUUAAUUCGAGCAUUAUAUUCUCUUAUUACUUUGCUCUUGAAGGAAAAUUAUUUUCUUCUCAAUUAAUGACAUUUUCUAUUGCGAGUAAUGACUGCUUUAUUACUAGUAUGGCUUCUGAAAGUUGAGUGUAUUUGGUACGUUUGUAAAUUUGAGUAAAAUUUUAAGGUUUCAUACUUUUAGUUACUAAUUUUUUACAUUCAUUAAAACUUUUUAAAAAUGCUGAAAUUAAAACGGUGACAAUUCGCAAUUUUUUGAUAAGCUAUAAACAAAAAUGUACUGUUGUAGCACCUGCUAAAGGCGGAGAUAAUUAAUGAAGUAGCAUACAUUUGAGAAACUCAAAAUAAUGUUCAGGCUCAUUUUUACGAGACAAUAUGUAUUUUCUUAAUAUUAUUUAUAUGUUAUUUCUCGAUAAGAAAUCUAGGGAUCAUAAUCUUUCUGUUAUUAUGAAUCAUAAUAUAUUAUGUUCUGAGUAUUUUACUAUUUUCAGCUUUCAGUCAUUUUCAUAGGAAAUUGCAUGAUUUAUUUUAUUGUUCAAAACAUUUCUGAAUAUUAUAGAAUUAUGUUUACAGUCAGUGGUCAUUAGGUUGCAUCCAGUACGUUUUUUUAAAAAAUUUCUAGACCUAAUUUGUGAUAGAGUAAUUAGUAUAAAAUCUGUAUAUGGGCUGAGUUAAGAAUGGUGGAAAAUAACAAAUUCUUAUUAAUUGCUGUUUUGAAAGAGGCUUUUUUAAAAAUAGAAUACAAAACACUUUGGUAUGACGGAAAGUGGAGAAUGCUAGAAAAUUUUGAUUUCUUUUUGUAUUUAUUUGCUUAGUUUCAACUUAAUAUAUUUUAUAUAAAAGUUAUCUUGUUUUAUUAAAUUUUUUUUAUGACAUUUGUACUUUUUUUUUAAACUUUAAAAUCAACUUAAGUAAUUUAUUAAGAUUUUCUAUACAUUUUUUAUGAAUUAGUUGUGUUUAAGAUUAUUUUAUAAUUAUUUAUUGUAUUUAAUAUUUACCUCUGUAACAAAAUUUUUCACAACUACUCUCAUUCCAAAUUAAAAAAUAUAUAUAUAUAUUAUUUACUGUUGAUAUAUUUAAGAUUAUUUAUUACAAUGGAGUUUGAAAAAUAUUUGAUGCAUCGUAUUAUUGUGAUCAAUCAAGUGAAAAGGUGUCUAUCUGUAUAAAGAUAUUUCUUUUGGCAUUCUUAUGAAUGUAAUUGUCUGCAUCAUUCAUGCAUUUAUUGUACUUUUUUGGUUAAAAAACGCUUGUCUUUUUAAUUUUUUUUUUGUCUUGAUAAGUGGUUUAUUUUUGAACAAUUUUUAGCAAGCAUUUAUUUUAGAAAAUUUGCUACCACUUUAAGUGUUUUUCAGCAUUCAGUAUUUAUAGUUUUUCAAAAUAAUUAAAAAUUACAAGAGAAAAAAAUCACAUAUGUUUUAAUAUGUUAUUAAAAAUCAUAUGAGAGCAAAUUAAGCUUUUUUAGUAAAUCUUACUGGGUUUAAACUAGGAAAUAUGGUUUAAUUAUUUGCUUUGCUUUAAUAUGUUCUGUCAUCUGUUAAUUUCUUGAAGUUAACUACUUAUUUGAUUUUUAUUCUGUCUCCGAAAGUUCUUUAUACAGUUGCGCAUCUUUGUUAAAGGUUCAUGAGAACUUCUCUAGGUGAAAGUAAACAUUUUAUUGGUCUUCUGUUGAAAACAAGAAGGAUUUCUUUUAUUCAUAGAAAUUCAUUAAAGAUCAAAUGAUGGAACAAUCGUCUUUUUUAAUCUUUGAUUUUAAGAAAUAGGCAGACGUUUUCUUUAACUUCAUCUUAUACUGAUAAAUUUAAUUUGCGUUACUAUUUUUGAUAAGUUGACUGGAACUUCGAUAACACUCAGUAGAUGUUUGUCAUUUCUAAAUUACUGUAGUAAUCUCUAGAAGUGAUUAUUAAUCCUGUAUUAUCAAGUUGUUGAUUUAGAAGAUCUAUCUUUCUCUAUUAAAUCAAAAUGUCAGUUUUGAGCAUCUAUUAAAAUGAUUGCUUCAAAGUAAGUCACGAGUCUUUAUCUGGAAUUUUGACGUGUUGAAUGGAAUUAUGUCUUGUGGUAUUCUUCUGCCACAUUACUUUCUCCAGUUAUGAAUAUAAUUUUUUCUUCUUCUAUCAUUGGCUUAUACAAGAAGCAUUUUACUAGCCAAAUUCAGAAAAUUUUAAAGUCAUUCGUUUUAUGUCAAAAAUUGAAGAAAAAUGUUUGAAAUUGAGGAAAAUCAAUGGAUUAAAAUAUUUUGAUGUUAAUUUUUAAAAAUUAUAUGUUUAUAUGUAGCAUGUUAUGGUAAAAUUAAACAACCUAGUCUUUGUUGCAAAAUAUUAUGAAAUUUUUACUUGAAGUUAUUUAUUUUUGUAUUGAUAAAUUGUAGAUUAUUUCUGCUUUUAGAUAUUUAUUGCAAAAUUUUAGUUGAAAGUUUGGUAAGAACUUCUGUGACACCUCUGGAAAAAUGUAAUAAAUGUUUCUUUAUAUUACACUGUGAGUAUGAAUGAAUGAAAGAAGAAUUUUUUAUGGCAUAUAUUAUUUACAGAAUUUCAGAUAUUUUAAUGUCUUUUGAUUUUGUGUAAUUUUGUAUAUGUUAAUUGUAAUUUGUAUCUGUUUAUAAUAUAGUGGAUUUCUUCUUCCCCAUGCUGUUUAAAUUUUUUGUUGAUUUCUUUUUUUAUUAAAAGCAGCUUUGAAAUGAAAUAUGAAUUCUAACAAAAUCAUACAGGCAAAAGAAGUUAUAUUUGUAAAAUUUCUGCUUGUAUUUUGGAAUGUUUUAUUUUUCUGUUGUCUGUUUUCUAAACUUAUUAUUGAUUAUAUGAUUUACAUUAGUAUAUUUUUUAUGUAAAAUCCUUUCAUUUGGACAUAAAAUGCACGAAGUAAUUUAACUUUUUAAAAUUCGUGUUUAUUACUAUAAAUUAUAAAACCUUCACCAUAAAUUAAAAGCUUAUCAAAAUCACAUUAUAGUAGAUUUUUAUUGAAAUAAUUCCUUUCUUCUGUAUGUAUGCAUAAAUAUUGUUGUUCAUGAUUCAUCAAAUGAAAUUUCCUCAGUUUGCUGUUUAAUAGUCACUUUUGUUUAUUAGUUGAUCUUUUUUAAAAUGGAGUUUUUCCCGUUAUGCUGGAAAUAUAUUUUGCUACAUAAUUAUGUGAUGUACAACUUUAUUAAAAUAUGAAGUUACUCUUUUAAUUAAUAUAUAUUUCUUAAAUUUGAAUUCAAUUAUUGCACCUUUAAUUUUUUUUCUUUAUUUUGUUGUCUGCUAAAAAUUGACUUCAAAAUUUUUUUAUGAAAUGCAUUUAAUUGUCAGUGCUUUAUUUUUAAUACGAGAAAUAAAAUAUUAGUUCUAAAUAGUAAAAUUGUGAUAUUUAUGUAUAUUCAAGGAUUAAUAACAAAUAUGUUUAAGAAGAACAAAUUUCUUAUAUUUUCUGCGUAGUUUGGAGUAUUUUCACUUAUUUUUGUUUGUUUAUUUAUUUGUGUUUGAAACGUAUUUUUCACAAUUUUGUGCCAUACUGUGAUUUUUUUAUAUUUUGCAUUUCAUCAGUUGUUAUAAUUACUUGGAAAUUGAUUGUAUUGCUAUAUUUGUUUCUAUAAUAUAUAUAUAUAUAUAUAUUGCCAAACUCAUUAUAAUUUAUCAAGUUUCAUAACUUUCAUGAUGCAUGUCUGGAGGUUGUUUUGAAUUCUGCAUAGAUGUUUUUUAAUAUUCGAAAAUAGUUUAACUAUAUCUGUUACUUAAUACAUUCCAACAGGUUUUUCAGACUUGUUGUAUUUGUCUGUUUUACUUAAUUGUUUUUGUCCUACAGUUGUAUAUGGAAUAUUUGUAGGAAAAGUUUCUUGUAUGAUUCCUAACUGUAAAUGAAUUCUCAUGUGUAUUUCCAUAUUUCUAUAACUUAGUGUUUUAUUAUAAUUUAUGUUUUUGAACUUCAUUCCUUCUUCAGCUUUUUCCUAUUCAUAAAGAACCUGAAUAGAAGCUGAACAUUCAGUACAUUGUUACAUUACCAAAUUAGCACUUGCUGCACAUCAGCAACAUCUGUUUGAAACCAUUUGGUUUUAUCCAAAAAGAAGGAGCAGAUUUAAAGCAUUUAUUUCUCAGGAACAACUAUAGAUAGAAAUAUAUACGAUAUAUCAUAGGAUAGAAGAAAAUUCAGAGUUUUAUUAUAUGCAUUCAGCAUGUGCUCUAUUUGUAUGUUACAAAAGCUUUAUCGGAAGUCCUUUUCCUGCUAUUCUUGAAGUAUCUGGUCUUUGUUUAUUGAAUCCAUUGCUGUGACAAUUCAGUGUUGUAGAUCUUGAAGAGUAGCAGGCAUGAGUAUUUAAGCUGCUUUUUUCUUUGCAUAUGCAUCCAUCUUUUACGAUUUUUUUUUUUUUUAAAUACCAACUGUAAAUCUCUUUACAGAAAUUGCAACGAAAUGCAUGUUUCAGUGCAGUAAUGGAUUUCUUUGUGCAUAGAAUAGUACAUAAUUUUUUUUCUAAGGCGUUGUCGUUUUCUAUUAAAUGAACGACGACCCGUUUAAAUCAGAAUUAUCUGAAUGCAAAAAAUGAAGCUGCCAACUUUCUGCAAUCCACUAUUGUAUUAUGGGCAUCGCUAUUGUCCUUCAUUAGAAAUAAAUAUUUUAAAUCUUCUCUUUCUUUUUGAAUAACGCUAUUAGUAAACUUUUCAUUUUUAAUUAUUAAAUGGUAAAUUGAAACUUAAUUUUUUUGAUUAAAUGCAUCACCGAAAUUUUCUGACAUUCACCAUAAUAUUUUAUGAUAUACCUGGUCUGCAUAUUAAAGAACAUGAUUAAAUGCGAUGUUAAUAUUGAUUUAUAUGCAAAUAAAUCUUUUAUUUGCUCAUCAAAAUUAAAAUAAUUGUUAAAUAACCUUCUUGCCAUUUAGGAUGCAGAUGAAAAUGGUGUAGAAUCUUGGCCUUUAGAUUUGGCGUUGACAUGUAAAUUUCUGUUGAACUUUAUCAAAUGUUUGAAAUUGAAUAAAUUUAAAUAACCUUUUAUGAUUAUAUUUUCGCUGAAACUGCUUUAUAUAUUCUUUCCCCAGAUUCACAAUAAGUCUUCAUUAAGAAGAUUUGUUUUUUUUUUUAUGUUUGAUUUCUUGAUGUUGAUUCUAAUUUUCUUAAUGUUGUUUGAUAUUAUAUGAAAUAGAGAAACAUCAAUGGAAUAUAUUUUGGUAGAUAGUAGACUGAAUUUAAGUGAUUUUGAAUUUUUGUUGAAGCAAGUUUGGGUCAUUUUUUUCUUUCUGGCUUAUGUUACUUUUCCAUAUGUUAAAAGUUUCCAAUCUGUAAUAUUUAGAGUGAGCACAAAGUCUCGACCAGAAUAUUAGAAUAUAUUGUGCGAAAAUUAUUUUUUUUAGUUAUAUGUUUGUUUGGAUGCAUUAUAAGGGCUGCUCUAAAAUUCUUUAAUAAGAAAAUUUAAUUCAGUAGAUUUCAACUUGUGCGUCAUAGCGGCUCAGAAAAUGUUAGAGCGAUACUCUAAUUCUUGUCAAGUAUUCUUUGACAUGCUGUCUGUACUGUUACACACAGCAUUUUUUUUUUUUUAAUUUUAUCUUUCAGUUCUUCAAUGUUAGAAAACUAGUGUAGCAUAGACUGUUUUUUAUAUAGCCCAUCCGCUCCCCACAAAAUCAAGAGGAGUAAUAGCAAGAUCGCCUUUUAUAUACCAUCGCAUAUUUGCCUUUAUAUCAGGAGGAUUGCGUCCGUAAUAAUAUGGAAACGCACUUUGAAAAAUUUACCUCCGACACACUCUUAAUGUAGAAGGGACGCUUUUGCGCAUACGCGUACGCACUGUUAAAAGCGAACUUUCCAACGAUACCAUUAAAAUUACAUUAUUGUAUUCAGCAAUUAUUUUGUAAUAAAUGUUUAGAAUUAGGGGCAAACUUUGUGCUCAGUCUAUAUACUUUUGUGGGAUUUCUUGUAUUUGGCAGUUCAGCAUUGGUGAUAUUACCAAUGAGGUAUGCAUAAAUCAAAGAAAUUUUGAUCUGUUUUAUGUGAACCGAAUUACUUUACUUUGUUGCAUUUCUCGUCGGUAAGAAUGCAAUAAUAUACAAUCAAUCUCAAUGCGUAUCCCUAAAUGUACUUUUACUUUUUUAUAUUGUGUUGUUAGGGGUUUAUAUUAUCUUUCAGUUUUAAUUAAAUUUUUUGAAUUCUCUCUUGUUUGUUUUGUGCAGAAUGAAUAAAGUGGUAUACCAUCCUU